AUGGCUGACAAGCUUCGUACCCUCCAACAACUCGAGUCUCUCCAGGCCAAGUACGUUGGCACCGGUCACGCAGACACCACGCCCUACGAAUGGAAGAACAACAUUGUUCGCGACUCGUACGCAUCUUACGUCGGCCAUCCUCCUCUGCUGGCUUACAUGGCCUUAGGCCUGGGUGAAAACAAGGAGGUUGUCAGAGGCCAGUUGAUCGAAAAGAUGAUAAGAGCCACUGGCCCGCCACCACCAAGAGAAGACGAUUGA